CACGAAGAGCCGAUGAGCGACCCAUGAUCGGGAUACAUACAAAGUGCGGCGAACUCCGCGAUAGAAUGCUGUCGCCCGAAACACCACUUUCUUAUCACUCACAACAUCUAACACAAUAUAAUAAUAUAUACCAAAAUGCCUCCGCCUACUCUUACACCCGUCAAGCGCAUUCAGAAUGUCCGACUCCCCGGCAGAGACUCAACCUGGGACAUUGCCAUCUCGCGCCCCCAUGAUUCUCCGCACAGCAUCAUCUCAUCCAUCACCCCGCACCCCAAUGCUGAAUUGAACCAGACCGCACCACUCGCCCUCCCAGCUCUGACACACCCACAUAUCCACCUCGAUAAAGCAUUCAUCCACAACUCCCCCGAAUAUGCACAUCUUCUUCCCUCUGCCGGCUCGUUCGCUGAAGCGCUAUCCUUUACCACGCAAGCGAAGCAGCAGUUUACGCGGGAGGAUCUUCUGAGACGCGGAGAGUGGCUGAUUGCCGGAUCUGUCUCUGCAGGGGUCACGGCGAUGAGGGCAUUCGUGGAGGUGGAUCACACUGUAAACCUCAUUUGUCUUGAAGCUGGUAUCGCUCUCAAGAAUGAGUGGAGAGGCGCGUGCGAAGUGCAAAUAGUAUCAUUUGCGCAGGACCCGAUAUUCUCGGGUGAACACGGGAACCAUAACCGUCAGCUCAUGGAAGAAGCGGUGCGACAGUCGCAGGUGGAUGUCAUCGGGACAACACCGUACGUUGAGUCGUCGAUCGAUGCAUCGAAACAAAACAUUAUAUGGGCAAUUGAGCGUGCCCUAGAGUGCAGAAAGCAUGUAGACUUCCAUCUCGACUAUAACCUCGACACCGGGAAGGAGGCACUGGUUUGGUUUGUUUUGCACACGCUGAAGGAGAAGGGGUGGACAUCACAGUCAACGGAUAAGCGGGUCAUGCUGGGGCACUGCACACGACUGACGCUGUUCAGUGAUGAAGAAUGGGGGCUUCUUGCACAAGAGAUCCGGGAUAAUGACCUUCCGGUUAGCUUCGUUGGGUUACCGACGAGCGACAUGUAUAUGGCAUCUCCACCAUUUUUGAAAAGCCAUGAUCGGCCACGGGGUACAUUGCAGGUUUUGGAGAUGAUAAACAAGUAUGGUUUGAACACGGUGAUCGGAAUCAACAAUGUGGGCAACGCUUUUACGCCCUGGGGCUCUGAAGACCCCCUGUCGUUGGCGUGUCUAGGAGUGGGUGUCUAUCAAGCCGGGACCAAGGCGAAUGCCGAGCUAUUGUACGAAUGCGUGUCAACCAGAGCUCGCGCAGCAAUCGGACUUUCGUCAUCUGAGACCUUGGCCUUGAGCCAGGGAAGUCGUGCAGAUAUUCUGCUAUUUUGUGACGUGGACGACACUGGUUGUAACGUGUCGAAACCGCGACAUGGUGUUGCAGGCAUCGUCUGGGACCCGCCAGCCAAAGCUAGCAGAGAGCUCGUAGUUGGUGGUCAACUAAAGGCUUCCCCAUGUUCAUUGUGUCCGAAAUCUGCGUUUCACUUCGUGUAGCGGCGGUUAUCGGGAGGCGUCAUAUUUGGCGUAUUGAAGGUUGCACAGCAGAUGGUGUAUUGUAUUACUAACCCAAAGCUUCACACGCUUCAGAUAUCUAUAAUCCCU